AUGCUGUCCUUCUGGGAUGUGGCCAUUGAUUUCUCUCCAGAAGAGUGGGAAUGUCUGGAGCCUGCUCAGUGGAAUCUGUACAGGGAUGUGAUGUUGGAGAAUUACAGCAACCUUGCCUUCCUGGGUCUUGCUCUCUCUAAGCCAUUCCUGGUGAUGUUUCUGGAGCUAAGACAAGGACCUUGUGAUGUGAAGAGCCCUGCAGCAGCCACUGUGUACCCAGGAAUAACACCCAAUGAUCCUAACAACUACAGCAAGAACACUGACCAUAAAUCACUCCUUAUUAAACAACAAAGAAUUCGUAUAGGGGAGAAACUCUACAAGUGUGGAGAAUGUGGUAAGGCCCUGAGUUCUCAUAAAGCACUUUCCAUACACCAGAGACUUCACACUGGAGACAAACCCUACGAGUGUGAAGUGUGUCGUAAGGCCUUUAGUACUCGCUCGUCACGUUUUAUACACAUGAAAAAUCACGCUGACGAAAAACCCUACAAGUGUGAAGACUGUGGCAAAUCGUUUUACUAUCCUUCAAUGCUCAAGCAACAUCAGAGAAAUCAUUCUAGAGAGAAACCCUACAAAUGUAAAGAAUGUGGAAAAUCCUUUCGCUUUUCUUCAAUCCUCAAGCACCAUCUGAGAAUUCAUACUAGAGAAAAUCCCUCCCGAUAUGAAGAUUGUAACAAAAGAUUUUCCUUUUCUCUACACCUUCACAAGCAGGAACAAAUCUAUACUGGAGAGAAACCCUACAAGUGUGGAGAAUGUGAGAGUUGUUUUUCCUCAUCUUCAUCCCUUAGACGACAUCAAACUUUCCAUUCUCAGGACAAUCCCUAUAAAUGUGAAGAAUGUGGGAAAAGGUUUUCAUAUUAUGGAAGUCUUCAGGAACAUCAAAGAAUUCACACUGGAGAGAAGCCAUACAAGUGUGAAAAUUGUCACAAAGCCUUUCGUUAUCGCUCAUCCCUUAGGAGACAUAAGACAGUUCAUACUGGAAAGAAACUUUACAAGUGUGAAGAGUGUGGGAGAUGUUAUUUGUCAUCUUUCAACCUUAGAAGACACCAAGUAAUUCACUCUGAAGACAAUCCACACAAGUGUGUGGAAUGUGGCAAAGCCUUUGUUGAUGCUUAUAACCUUACUCAACACAUGUUAGUUCAUACUAGAAAGAUAUCCUACAAGUGUGAAGAGUGUGGGAGAUGUUUUUUCUCACCUUUCAAACUUAGAAGACACCAAGUAAUUCACUCUGAAGACAAUCCACACAAGUGUGUGGAAUGUGGCAAAGCCUUUGUUGAUGCUUAUAACCUUACUCAACACAUGACAGUUCAUACAGGAGAGAAAUCCUACAAGUGUGAAAAGUGUCACAAAGCCUUUCGUUAUCGCUCAUCUCUUAGGAGACAUAAGACAGUUCAUACUGGAGAGAAACUUUACAAGUGUGAAGAGUGUGGGAGAUGUUUUUCCUCAUCUUCCUACUUCAGAAGACACCAAGUAAUUCACUCUGAAGACAAUCCACACAAGUGUGUGGAAUGUGGCAAAGCCUUUGAUAAUGGAUAUAGACUUACUCGACACAUGACAGUUCAUACUGGAGAGAAAUCCUACAAAGUUUUUUAAAAGUUUAUAUUUCUUCAGCCCUUAAAAGGCAUCAAAUAAUUCAUACUGAAUAAAACUCUAUGACUGUG